UGAGUAAUUAGCUAUUGUCCAACACGGUCGGGUCAUGAAAAGUCCAAAAGGGAGAAGGGAAGAAUGAAGUAAAGUUGAGCAAAACCAAAAGAGAAGAAAAUAAUGGCGGCAAUAGUAUGUUAUGGUCCUCUCAUCGACCUGUCUAAAGCAGCAGCUCACAUCGACGACUACGUCCAACUCCUCGUUUUUGUUCACAAUAUCACCCCUGUUCAGUACAAGCUAUGGAGAAAAGGUGGUGCAGAGGUAAUAAGGACUGACAUACAGGUGGGUGAUGACACCCGCCCAUAUUUUCCUGUUACAAUAUGGAAUAAACAAUUGGCCUCCACAUUGAUUGCUGGAAAUAUCAUUUUGCUUCAAAAUGUUAAGAUUAUAAGAGUUGGCGGAUUAAUCGAGGCUAGAACUGUAUAUUGCUCAACUUUGCAAUGUGCAGUCCAUUCAUACAAGUCACUUGCUUCUAAAGGUGUGGAUGAGCUGAUGCGCAGCUGUCGAAUUGGUAUGGCAGCAAAAGAUAAGCUUCAGAAAAUUGUUACAUGGCUGCAGCAGGGAGCUGCUGUUGAAUUAAAAACCCAUCAUUCAUCAAUAAAUUGGAAAGCGCAUGAAGAGACAAAAUCUCAGGCUUGCGUCUCUCUUAAAGAUUUAUCUGAUCUUCCUGAUUCCUGCAAAGCAACCUUAUAUGCAUCUGUUGGUGAAGUAUUUCUGCCAAUUACCUGGAGACAUCUUCCUGAAUCUGAUGUUGAAAGCAUGUUCAUUAGUAAGAGACUAUACGUGCACUCAGAUUGCAAUGUGGCUGACGAUCUAAUUACCGCUGGCUGCCAUCUCUGUGGUACUCCUUUGAGUUACGAAUCUAGUACAGGCAGUGUUCAAAAUGCCGCAUCACUCUAUUGUCAGGAGAGCUCCAAUCACCUUCAUGCAAUGAGCACGAUAUAUCGACCUUUCGUGCUGUACGUGUGGGAUGAUGCAACGUAUGCUCCACUUCUUGUUAAAAACAAGGCAGCUGAAGCGUUGUUUGGAAACGUUAGAGCUGAGGAAGUGUUAUCUUGCUAUAAAAGGCUGAAGGAUGGAAAAGAUCAUGCUACAAAUUUAGCCUGCAGAACGGAUGGCACGGUUGAAAGGACUGUGCUUGAACAUAGUGUUGUUGGGGAAGGUAUUUCAGUCACUGGCACAUCACGCACCGAUGAGGGCAAGGAAUUGAAAGAAAAAAACAAAAUUGAUGUAAGACCAAAUUUUUAUUUGGUUUGGUUAAUUUUAUUGAAGUUGCUACUGCAACAAGAGAAUAACAGUCCUUUGAGAUUUAAAGUUACUAUUAAUGCAGCAAGAGAUUUGGAAUGUGGGAGAUAUGAGAUGAUCUCUGUUUCUCUGCCGUCCUUUAUAUCUGAUGUCGAUAUAGUAUAGGAGUCUUUUUACCCCUAAAUGUAUUGAAUAUAUAUAUCUUCAGAGGAGUUCGUGUGUUCUUCAUAAACUUCAUAAUUGGGAGUUCUUUCUCUAGACUCCUUGACUGAAGAAAGUAAGAAUAACAUCUGUAUUGCUCAAGUGUGAAAUAAACUCUUUUUGAUACGA